CGGACGCGAUGGAGGUGAGCGUCCUGGCGCUGCGGGAUCUGGCGAGCGUCCGGCCGGGGCGGCGGGGCCGCGCCGAAGCGGCCCAGAAGGAAAACAUAUUUGAUCGAUCCAGGAUGGCCCCAAAGACUCCAAUUAAGAAUGAACCAAUUGAUCUAUCGAAGCAAAAAGGCUGCACGCCGGAAAGAAAUCCAAUUACACCUGUUAAGAUCGUUGACAGACCUCAGCCUGAUCCCUGGACCCCUACUGCUAACCUGAAGAUGCUCGUUAGUGCUGCUAGCCCUGACAUGAGGGAUAGAGAGAAGAAAAAAGAGCUCUUCAGACCCAUAGAAAACAGUGAGCAGAGUGACACGCCGGAUUCAUUACAGUAUGAUAUAGUAGACGACACCACGGUUGAUGAAUUUGAAAAGCAGAGGCCCAGCAGAAAACAGAAAAGCUUAGGACUUUUGUGCCAAAAGUUUCUAGCUCGCUAUCCAAAUUAUCCAUUGUCAACAGAGAAAACUACCAUUUCUUUGGAUGAAGUGGCUUCAGUUCUUGGAGUUGAACGGAGACGAAUUUAUGAUAUAGUGAAUGUCCUGGAGUCGUUGCACUUGGUUAGCCGUGUGGCCAAGAACCAGUACUGUUGGCAUGGCCGGCACAACCUCAGCCAAACUCUGAAAAUGCUUCAGGAAGCAGGAGAGCUGCAGUAUGGAGAGGUAAUGACCUUCCAGCACAAGGAGCAGGACUUAGAGUACAAAUUUGGAGAACGGAAAAAGGAAACUAUUCCUCAUUCCCAAGACAGACCAUUACUGGACUUUUCAGAACCAGAUUGCAGCUCUGCAUCUGCAAACAGCAGAAAGGACAAGUCAUUGCGGAUUAUGAGCCAAAAGUUUGUCAUGCUGUUCCUUGUCUCCAAGACCAAGAUAGUCACUCUGGACAUCGCAGCAAAGAUACUGAUAGAAGAAACCCAGGAUACAGUGGACCACAGCAAAUUUAAAACAAAGGUACGAAGACUAUAUGAUAUUGCCAACGUUCUCACCAGCCUAGGCUUGAUCAAGAAAGUUCACGUCACCGAGGAACGAGGACGCAAACCAGCCUUCAAGUGGAUUGGGCCUGUGGAAUUCUCUGGAAAGACUGAUGAGCUGAGAGGGCAUAGCCCAACAUCUGAUUCUCUGCCAGGGACAGAGAGAGGAGCCUGUGCCCAGUAUCAGAUCUGUGCUACUGGAAAGCAAAGGUUUACGCGUCACGCUUCAUUUAAUGGUGCACAGCCUUUUGAAGAGACCAGAAGGAAGGUCAGCUCUGAGCCCAAUAGCCCACAUCAAGAGAGGCAAGAUGGUAUUGUGAAUUCAGAUGAAUAUUGUUCCAAAAUGAUAAAUCUAGCAGCUGUCUGCAGGCAGAAAAUAGAGGAAGAUACUAGGAAUAAAGCUUGUGGCACAGAAACUAUACUAAAUUCAGCAAGGGACUCAAGCAUAACCUCACCUUUCUCCCUUAUUCCGGUUCCUGGGGACUCUGAUUUUUGUGUUAACCCUUUGCCUCAGGCUGUUUUCCCUGUGGUUCAGACAGAGGUGCCAAGCCUCUCACUACCAAUUGGCAUCAGCAGCCAAGCUCCACAUCCUUCCAUGCCUGCAGCUUCCAAAACAGAAAAUGGAAAAGCUACCCUGAUUCCCAACCAACCCUUCUUGUGCUUCCCAUCUUCAUCCCUUUUUAUGUUGUGUGGUGGUCUUCUGGAAAAUAACUUGAGCGAGACCCUCCCCACUGCAGGAGACAAGGGAGACAGGAGUGCUGAACCUCAGGCUGCUGUACCUUCAGCUGUCUGCAAAAAACACAGCUCCCACAAGUGCACAUCACCCUCGUCACCUGCAGAUGAUGAAGAGCCGCCUGCUAAGAAGCAGACUAUGGAGCAGAGUGAUCUGCCCCUCUCACUUGUAGUACCCAAGAAGCCUUUUGAGUCACCCAAGGGUGAAUCUACCCCAGGAAAUGGCUGUCCCUCUGCUGUACAUCUAGAAACUUAUCGUCUUGACCUCGCAAGUCCUGCUGCUCAAGAGGCUGCAAGCAAGGAGUCUUUAGAUUGUCAGGAGCAACAAAAACGAUCUCAGAACACAGACCCUGAUGAACCCCCUCCAGGAAAUGAGCAUAUCUCUAGAGAAAAUGCCAAUCAACCUUUCCAACCACAAUAUCUUUAUUUUCAGCCUACCACUGGAUUAAGCAGUUUCAAUUUCCUGUUCUCUGCAAACCAAGCCCCUGGUGCCAUAAGCCUGGCUUCAAACCAGUUACCUUCUCUAAGUGUACCCUGUGUCAUGGUGCCAUCGGCAGCCUUGGGUUCCUUCCCUCUCGUCUGUUCUCCCUCAUUCACCAGUCCUCUUUCCCCAGUUCCUGAUGGUUCAUUCUCAGCUGGUGCCUCCAUGAAUUGCAGUAUGUCCAGCCUGGCAUCAACAACCCCUGUUUUCAUAAGCACCACAGCAGUGGUCACCCCCAAGGUCUCGCCUGCCCCUUCUGUGGAUCUACAGCAACCAGCUCACCCUGCUUUGCACCUGAGUCCUGUGCUUACAAGAUCUUGCAGUGCUGUUAAACUGGACUCCCCCAUGUGUGUGGGGCACCCAGUGACCCUUCUGAAGCUGCAGCAGCCUUCAUCAACUCCCCUCACUCCCAAGAGCAUUCGUCCUGCACAUAAUGAGGCAUUUUUCAAAACUCCUGGAAGUCUUGGAGACCCUGUGGCAUGGAAGAAAAAUGAAGGCAACCAGAUCAGAAAUGCCAGCUCUGUGCAGAGGAGACUGGAAAUCUCUGGUACCAGCCCUGACUAAUGCCAGUCUGUGCGAAGAGUGGACAGAUUGGCUUAGGACCCUUUAUUGAUUAUAAGAGAACAAGCUCUUACCUGGCAGGAGGAACACGUUAAAAUGUCACCCCUUUCAGCAUGCUUCCCCAUGUACCCACUGGUUCUGUUAACCAUCUUCUUCACAAAUCAUCCUUGGUACUGAAAUCCUUUUACUGAAUUGUUCCUUCAGUACUGAUUUGAAUUCAGAUUCUGUGCUUCACACAGCCUUGUGGGCAUCAAAUUUUAUUUGGGAUUUUAAUUCUAUUGCUGUGAGGAGAUGCAAAGAGAUUUUGGGGUCCCCAGGGGUUCUUUAUUUGUGGUUUUAAGUGAGAUGUCUAGCACUUAUCUGGGGUAAGCAUUUUAUUUGCAUGUACUCUACUUACCCUGAGUAAAUCUGUGGUGAAAAUGAUAAACUUCUGCAGUUGUGAGAGCAACUGCUUCCUUGGUUCCAAUCUGUCAAAUCCUGCCUCCGCAGUGCAGCCUUUUGCUAUUUAUUUUGUAUGUUGGAGUGGGAUUAGUGCAAAAAAGGAUUUUUGCAGCUUCAGAAUAACAGAUUUUCUCAGGGUAGGAUUACUUGAAUGUCAGUUGGUUGUUGUACAAUUUGCCCAGCACUUGUGGUUAGAAAAACCUAAUAAUAACACAGUAUGAUUGAAUGUAUACAUAUGAAAAAUAUUAAGACCAAAAUAACUGUGAAUGUUAACAUUUUUAUAGUUGUGUUAAUGAACUGUUAUUAGUCCU